AUGGAUGACUCGAUGUAUGAAAGUUUCCGCUGGUUGGAUGAGGAUGCGGAUCUCGACCUGAGCUUGGACAGUUACCAGACAGACGCCUUGAAUUCUUCGCCGCGUUUAGGUCAAAGAAGGAGACCCUCUUUCAGAAGGACAGUAUCAUUCAAUUCCGUCCACUUGUCUCGCAAAUCGGCUUCCUUUAUCUCCCACGCAAGGGAUCCAACUUCAUGCGGACAGAGUGAGCCUCCGUUAUUCACUUUGUCCAACCUCAUGAGCGGACGUUCUUCUUUCUCUCGGCCAACGAGUAGAAGCCAGCCUCGCCAUAUUUCCCAGUCAUCUACUUCCAGCAUUGAUCCUGCUGCACAAUAUUUCCACGACCCAGAAGCCCGACUCAAACUAAGGGUUUACCUUGGCUCGCCACAGAAAUUUGAUGAAGCAGUCCAGUUUGGAUUCCCAUCCUUACAGGAUAACGAGACCGUUGUAGCGGAGCAAACCCACCCUAAAACGGAUUCACAAGGACGUGAGUUCACAGGUACAUUCCUGGAAGACGAUGAUACCUCACUAUACGAUGAAAAAAUUGAAGCUUUCCCGAACAUUUCGCGACUUUCCUAUGUCAUGCAGAGUCAUGGAGAAAAAGGAGAACCUGCCAUUGCUGAAGAUAGGACACAGUCUUGGAUGUCUCUAUCAAAGCCAAGAUUUCAGCGACAUCUAGACACACGUGAGAUGACACUCAGGAUGACACUGACAAGGCCCGACCUUCGAACCGAUUCCUCUCCUCCAUCCUCGGUGACAGAUCCAUUGAGACUGGCAGAGUUAUCUCCCGUACACAACUACUCACAUAUUUGGGAAUCAGAACUGGAUGAUGAAAGUCUAGUGAAGAAGAUGUGGCGCAAGUUUCGCAGACGAAAGUAUUGA